GGAAGUCAGGAAAUGAGAAUUAUAAUGAAAGCAUUAUAUGCAGAUUAGAACAUGUUUCUUGAUAAUUGUGUUUUGGAAAUUCUUCUUGGCUUUUGAAGGACGAAUCCCCUUGAAUCACCGUGAAGGCAGCAUUCUCUACGCCAUAAAUACAAAAUUGAGCAUUGAAUGAGUAUGAAAUAGGUCAAUAUAUGAUCAGCUGGAGAGAAGAAUCGCAGGGUUUGUAGCUAAAGAUUUGUUAAUACAUAGCGCUGUCAGGCAGCACGAUUUUGAGAGGGAGACAUUGCAAUGCCUAACAACUUGUGGGAAUCAUUUUCAUUAUUGAGCCAGCGUGUUAUACUUGGUUUGCUGUCAACUCUUCCAGUUCGACAAUGAAUGAGCAUCACUGCAGAAAACGUGAGGUGUUGCUGCUGGAGACUGCGCCUUAGGCAUUGCAGCAUAUACAGAAAAUUUGAGACCUUCACACAUAACAGCAGCACGUAGUGGAGAAAAAAGAAAGUUCAGGCUAUCGCAACCCCCAGGCACAGCGUGAGGCUCUAAUGCUGAACGGAUUCAUUCCAUCUGACUGUACAUUUACCAUAAUAUCGCUGCAAUAUGGAGACAUGAGAGGGAAUUGUUUAGGCGUUGGAAUUGAUAGUUAGUGCAUUGCGUGACCAUUUGAGAAGCUGUCGUGCGUGUUACAAGAAGGGUGUUCGCAGUGGUGACUUACAUGGAGAGCAGUCAAGCCAAAAAGAGCAGGGGUACGGGUCGAUAUCUACCUCAAAAGAGUUCUGCACCAUAUGCAAUUUUGAUUGCUCUGUACAGAGAUGUGUCUUGAAAAGUAGUAUGGGAAGAGAUUGGCAGUACAAAAUCUUAAUUAGCUUAUUAUGGGGUAUGAGUUUUUGCAUGGUCAACAGGGGAACUCAAAAUGAAAAGGAGUAUAUGUUGAAGCAGGAACUUAUUGAUGCAGCCGAAGCUAGCGGGCUUUCAAAAUUGGCUAUUGGGCCAUCGAAGAGCAGUGCAAAUCCUGGACGAUUUGGGAACCAGCCCAAAGAAUGGUAUUCUGGGUGGAGCUCGAUGAAGACAUUGAUAGCAAAAGGACUAGUUGUGAAGUCAAGUUGUCCAGCAAAGUACAUGCUUACAGAAGAAGGAAAAAUAACAGGAAAGGAGUGCCUGGAACGAUCAGGUUUACUCAACGAUGGAGCUCCUCAAAUGUGCAGUCAGCAGAUUACAGAAGUCGUGUCUAGUGUAAAGGGUGUUUGUAAUGGAACAUCAUCAUUGUCCAAGCACAGGGAAGAAGAUAAUAUAAUAGUAGGAGCUACAAAGCCAGGAAAUAAUGCAUGCCAUGCAAAGAUGAAGGCAUCCACUUCACGGGAGAUCAGGAGCCGGCCUUCCUUAGCAACUGAAUUCGUUGAUAAGGAACAAGCUGAAACUUCAUCUCUACAAUUAAAGCAAUGUUUCAGAAAGGAGCCUCAUCCUUGUUCAGUACCUAAUAACACAGCAGAUUUAGGGGAAGAUGAUUUAAGGAAAAGUUUACAGACAGAACCUACAAAAACUUCAAAUUUGAGUCAUGAUACCGAGUUAUUUGCUUCAACUUUAAGAGCUUUUACAUUUUCUAGUUUAAGCCAUCACCACCAAAAAAAUUCAGAUCCAAAUCCUGAUAGAGUUAACACAAAUGUCUUAGCGACGCCCCCCCUGGAAAAUGGUGACAGAUUUUCUGACUUGUAUGAUGUAGUUCUCAUCUUGGAUGACCGUGAGCAGUUUGGACGUGAUAGUUGGGGGGCUCACAGUAGACAGAAAGUUGCUGACCGCUUGAUAUCACAAUUCAAAAUCCAGGUUGAGAUAAGGCGCUUACCAAUUGGAGAUGCAACUUGGAUAGCUCGACAUAAACACACAGAACAAGAAUAUGUGUUAGAUUUCAUAGUUGAGAGAAAAAAAGUAGAUGAUUUGAAUAGUUCAAUAAAAGAUAAUCGCUAUAAGGAUCAAAAACUGAGGCUUAUGAGGUGUGGACUCCAAAGAUUGAUUUAUCUGAUUGAGGGAGAUGCAAACCUGACAGAUGCAUCAGAGAGCAUUAAAUCUGCGGCUUUCACCACAGAGAUACUUGAAGGAUUUGAUGUUCAGAGAACACGGGACUUAGCAGACACAGUAAGAAAGUAUGGCUAUCUGACACUGUCUAUAGAGGAUUACUAUAGUAUAGCAAGUCACGUGACUAGAAAUGAAACGUAUAAGCCAUGUAUGACUUAUGAUGAAUUUGUCACAAAAUGUCGUGACCUUGACAAGGAAACUGUCAGUGAUGUAUUUGGUGUACAGUUAAUGCAGGUGCCACAGGUUACAGAGGAUGUUGCACUUGCAGUGUUGGAUCGCUAUCCUUCAGUGCUUUCUCUUGCUCAAGCUUAUUCUUGUCUUGAGGGGAAUCAUGAUGCUCAAGAAAAACUGUUAAAAGAAAUUCCUAUACAUAACCAGAGCAAGAUAAUUGGUGGAAUAAUUAGUAAGAACAUCUACAAAUUCAUUUGGGGUGAAGGAACAUAACUGUUUUAUUUAUUUCUGACUGUUAUAUAACAAUGAGAUGACUGUUAUCAUCAUAAAACCGGGUUGCACCUAUUGAGCAAAAGUACUAGUUAAAUUGCAAUUCAAUUAGUGGAUAUAUCUGCUAGACACCUAUGGAUAUACUUCUACAAGGAAAGCAGCUGUUUGUAUCCAAAGGGCUUUGACUUCUGUCCAUUUUUGCCUUUUCAUCUGUUCAUUUUGCUAAUUAUUCCAUUUGCAAAAGUACAUUCCACUCUUUUGCUUUGGCUUCUAUCCAUUCUUUGAUUAUAUCUGUUCAUUUUCUUCAUUUUUCCACUUGCAAAUGUAUGUUCCAGUCUUUUCUUUGUAUCCAAAGGGCUUUGGCUUGUAUCCA